ACGUACUCGAUUUUCAUAACGCGGAAAUCGGGAGCGAGGAGGGUUGACAGGAAAAGCAGCUUUAAAUUGAGUAAAAUAUUAUAUGAUUUGUAAGCAGUUAGACAAGCAAACUGUAAACAAACUGUAGUGUAAUAUUGUUGUAGAAUAAGAGUUUUGGGAACAUGGAGGAUGACGCGCCGGUUAUUUAUGGCCUUGAGUUCCAGUGCCGCGCUUUGACCGCUCAGACAGCUGAAACCGAUGCCAUAAGAUUUCUAGUGGGCACGCAGUCGUUCAAAUUUGAUAAUCAGAUCCACAUCAUUGACUUUGAUGAUGAGAACAAUAUCAUUAAUAAGAAUGUGCUUCUGCAUCAUGCUGGUGAGAUAUGGCACAUCGGCGCCAGCCCUGCUGACAAAGGAGUGCUGACCACGUGUUAUAACAAGAUCUCAGAUAGCCGUGUGUUAACGUGCGCAGCGGUGUGGAGGAUGCCCCCGGAAUGGGAAUCAGGCAGCCACGAUUCCCCAGACGAUUCAGCUCACAGCCCACAGGCCCUGCAGCUCCUCUGUCACCUUGACAACACGGCCCACGGCAAUGUGGCCUGUGUGUUGUGGGAGCCGAUGGGCGAUGGCAAGCGCGUGAUCUCUCUGGCUGAAAGCCACAUCGCGCUCUGGGACCUUCAGGAGAGCUCCACCAAGGCCACGAUCUCCAGCAGUGCCACCUUGGAAGGCAAAGGGCAGCUGAAAUUCACCUCGGGUAAAUGGAGCCCCCACCACAACAGCACCCAGCUGGCCACCGCCAACGACACAGCCAUUCGAGGAUGGGACCUUCGCAGCAUGAGUCAGAUCUACUGCAUUGAGAAUGCCCACGGGCAGUUGGUGCGAGACUUGGACUUCAACCCCAACAAGCAGUACUACCUGGCCAGCUGCGGGGACGACUGUAAGGUCAAAUUCUGGGAUGUAAGGCACAUCAACGAACCUGUCAAAACCCUGGAGGAGCACUCCCACUGGGUGUGGAGCGUGAGGUAUAACCACUCCCAUGACCAGCUGCUGCUUACAGCCAGCAGUGACAGCAGAGUGAUCCUGUCCAACAUGGUCUCCAUUUCCUCUGAGCCCUUUGGCCACCUCGUAGAUGACGACGACCUUAGUGACGGCGAAGAGAAUCAUCAUGAGGAAAAGAGCAAAGAGCCACUCCAGGACAGCAUCAUUGCCACAUAUGAGGAGCACGAGGACAGUGUGUAUGCAGCAGAGUGGUCUUCAGCCGAUCCCUGGCUCUUCGCUUCACUCAGUUAUGAUGGGAGGCUGGUGAUUAACAGAGUGCCCAGGGCUCUGAAAUACCGCAUCUUACUGUAGCAUGACUAAAGCGGUGAGUGAGAAUGAAAGCCGUUUUCCGGACCACUGAAUGCAAGAGACAUGAGUGAAACGAAUGCUAAACACUGAGCAAGGGAUUGAAAGAAAAGAGUGGGAAAGUUGGUCUACAUCUGCAUUAAAAACACACGGCCGCUAUUAACACUACCAAUUAGAGGCAGCCCUGGAGAGUAGAGUGAUGGCUGAGAGGCUGUUUGAAGGAGAGAAGGCUGGAGGGCAUGGAGUGGCGUAUGGCUUUGAAAAAGCCCCUCGAGUUGAUAGCCAGCGUCUAUUCUGUUAGUUCUGUUAGAAGCUUGCUUCAUCUCACCCAGCCUCGGGCACCACCGCUGAGUAGAAAGUGCAGCCAGGGAGAACGGCGUGCCAGGGGCAGCAUGGCACAGCGGGGCCACUCUCCUCUAGCCUUCACUUCUCUUCUCCUUUACUUACCACAUGCAUACAACUCCAGCUGUAAGGAGAUGAGAAAUGAAUCUGCAUCCAAACUUUAAAAGCGUUAACGUGACGUUCGUGGUGCAUAUUACCAGCUCUGUAAUAAGUAACAUUUCGCUAUUUAACAGAUCAAUAAAUCGUGACCUUAAUAUUAUAAGGUUCUAUCUGGGUUAAGAAUGAAUGGGAGAUGGAACUUUAUAAUAUUAAGGUCACAAAAUGUCAUAGUCUGAAACCUGCACUGCAAAAAAUAUCUUAGCAAGUAAAGAUAUAUUGUUGGGGUGGCAUCUUAUAUUUGUAAUAUCAAAUAUUACUAUUAUUCAGUUUGUUUUUAGAUGCUUUUACUCAUUUCAAGCUAUAAAUGAUCUUGUUCUAUUGGAAGAUAAUUUUGCUUCUUUCUAGAAAUAAAUGCUUAAAAUUAGAAAACAUAUCUGCCAAUAAAACAAGACUAUUUCAAACUUCAAAUUAGUAAAAAUGUUUAGAAAUGGGUUUAAUAAUCAUAUAUUUGGUUUAUUGUAAUCUUAUAAUAGGAAAUACUAGGUAAAUCUGUCUAUCUUCAUGAUGUUUUCACUUGCUAAAAUGUCAUUUUUUUGCAGUGUGGCUUUCAUUUGAGCAUAUUUAUUUUGCAAAUAUAUCAAAUAUUCUACAUGGUUUGACUGAUUAUUCUGAUUGUCCCUGUACAUUCCAAAUAAAAUGGAUUUGAAAGGCCAAGAAUUUUUACUUGUGGCUGUUUUAAUGCACUUCACCUCUUUUUCAAUACAUUUCUUCAUAGACGGAAGAUAAAAUCCCCAUGAAAUGGCUUGAGAGUCAUUUGAGCUGCAUUCAUCUAAAGCGUGUAGCUUGUAAUUCCCGACCUCCUAUAGUCAAUAGUAGUAUUUACUUUAGUUCAAUCCACACAGACAUGUUACACAUACAGUUUUAAAAUAGUAAAUGCAUCAUAAACUGAUAGUCACUAAUAUUAGUUAGCUAGCUUGUUGCUAACAAACACACACUUUCAUGGAGGCGGCCAUGUUUUUACCCUUUGUAGCUCCACAUUGCCGAGAUCAGACUUCCCAUUUCUCUGUUAGGUCGACUUGAUUCUGUAUGUUGAUGCAUUUCCUUUUGAAACAGGAAGUCAGAGUGAUGGUGUGUUGAAGUGCUUGACUGGUUUACACAACGAUAGCAUCUGAGAUUCAUUACGGGAGUUUAUAACAAGAGCACUUUUUCAUUUGCGGAGAACUUCACACUGCCGCUUCACCCACGCAUGUCAACAUUAACGAAGAUGAUAUUGACGAGAUGCUGUGUGUUUUUGGAGUUAUGCCAUACGUGCUUGUGCCGAGGUCGACUGUCAGUGGUGCCAGUGGUGAUGAAGAGCUGCAGUGGUCAUCAUAGGGAGGCAUCUGACCUAUCUGAAUGGUAGGCUUUAAUUAAUUUAUAAUAUUACGCUACUUGAUAAGAUGAUGGAGAAACCCUGAUGGUGUACAAAGAUGGAAUUGUGUUCUCAAUCAGUCUAAGGAAGCAAGAUAUUCCACUAUUGCAGUAUUCCAGUAACCAAGUUGGUUAAACACUCUUCUGAAAAGUACCUGUCACAUAACUGGCGAGCUUGCACAAAUUCCACCUUAUUCCAUCCAUCCAGCUAUCCAUUUUCCAUACCACUUACCCCGCACAGGGUCACGGUGGAGCCUGGAGCCCAUCCCAGGGAAAUCGGGACACAAGGCAGGACACCCUGGACAGAGUGCCAACCCAUUGCAGGGCACACUAUGGACAGUUUGGAAAUGUCAAUCAGUCUACAACGCAUGUCUUUGGACUGGGGAGGAAACCAGAGUACCUGAAGGAAACGUCUGAAGCAUUGGGAGUACACAGGGCAGAGGCGGGAUUCAAACCCCAAACCCCAGAGGGGCAUGAAAAAACCCUCCAGACAUUAAUUCUCAACCAAGGGAUGGUGGGAAAAAGGAAUAGUGUGCAGGAAGAUGCACAGCCAAAAAUGCACCAUUGAACAAUGUUUGCUGCUAAUGAGCUGCUGCUGUAGAGCAAGACCCGCCCCUGUUCUAGAGAGCAUUUAACUGGACGAUCACAAGACUAGUACAGGAAUGAAUCAUCCAAAAAUGUUAAGAAUUUUCCCAGAAGUGACAAAAUUAAGAUUAGACUAUCUGCUUAACACAUUCUUAUUUAUAUCUUUUCUAGGCAUACUAUCAUAUUAGUGUCCCUAACACUAAGGGACAGGUACAGAAAUCUCUUGAGACCUAGAAUAGUACGAACAUUCUCCUGAAUUCCUAAUUCCUUUAUUAAGUCUGCAGCACUUCUCCAACUCUCUGCUGUACUACUUUGUCUUCCUACUGGCUUAGUGAGGUUAAAAUGGGUUGAGACUUUAGGGACACUCUUCCUCUCCCUCUCACUCCUCCUUAACUCUGAAUUUUAUUGCCUGUCACUACGGUACAGUCUGCACAGCCCCAGCUUCCCCUCCUCUCCCUGUCCUGCUCUUGACAUGUGUGCUGGUGUGUGUCGAUGGAGCGGGGUUCCUGUGAUCAACCUGACAGCUAUAGAGGCAUGGUGCAGUGUGUGGCGUGCGCUCUGCUCUACCUCCAGCACCCUGUGUGUCUCUACAGCUCCUGAGAGGUCCUUUCAGCAGGCACACACUCCACAUUGGUGGGCUGAGAGAUGAGUGUCAAAGGGGAUUCAGAAAGCAAAAAUGGAAACAGAAAUGUUAUGUACUUUAGUAAACGGCUACAUGUGUCGUAAGAAAUAUAGUGGAGGUUGUGUAUCUUUAACAUCGUGAAUAACAUGAGGCAGGGAUUUCUUUUACAAUUCUUUUGAAAUAAGUACUAUUGUUUUACAUACAGUGGACAGCCUUUUGUUGGGUAUGUACAUGUACACUUAUAUUGGGUGAACCAUAUAGUAAUCACUGCCAUUUUAAUAUACAAUUAAUUCAUUUCACUUUUAUUUGUAUAGCACUUUUAACAAUAGACAUUCUCACAAAGCAGCUUUAUAGAAAUCUGGAUUUAGAUUUAAAAACUCCCUGAGAUGACAUGAGGAAGAAACGCUGAGAGGAGCCAGACUAAAAAGGGAACCCAUCAUCUUCUAUGCGACACCCGAUAUUAUUAAAAUGAAUAUUGUAUACAGGAAUAAAGAGUAAAGACAAGCAUUACUAAGUGUGUUCAGUACAUUGUGAGAGUCCUGGAAUGAGCACAGGACAGUCUUAAUGAUUACAGCAGCAGAUCUUAGGUACAAAUCUACAGUAUUCCGAUGACGUUAUCCACUGAAGCAAGCAUGAGACUUGAACAUAAACUGUUUUUGGGAAGUGGGACCAUCCACAAUAGUAGAAAGUGAGUCAGGGAGCCAAAAGAGUGUAAUAAUUGGGCAGUUUAAACACCUGCUAUGUUGUAUUUAGCUCACUUUGUGUCACUGCAUUAGUAAUUUUGUCAUUGUGUCUAGUUUCUUUCUUUUCAGUUUGGCCAUUGCCAAUUCCCACGUUACAGCUAGUGCUCUUCUGUGGCAUAACAGCAACCAACCAGGGACGGUGAAGCUUCCUCUCAGUCAUGCCACAUCAUCUUCCAGUUCUGCCACUGCAGCUUUUCAGCUCACACAAUGUCACAACGCAACUGAAAAUUCUAAACUGCCCUUUUUACGCAAGCAUGCAUGCAAUAUUUCUAGGUUUGCAUUCCUAUAUGACUCACCCAACAGAUAUAUGAUUCACCCAAUAUUAUCCAAUUAAAGCUGACAUUCUGUAUUUUAUGCUAUUACACACUGUUUUAUCAGUGUGCUAGAGAUAAGAGCCAAACAAGAACUGUAUCAUUAUCAAAUUUCUUAUGAAAUGCAUGAUAUUUAUGUUUGAAUCUCGACUGGAUCCUGCCUCACUUUCAAGGAAAAAAGUGCAUAAAAAUAAGAGUCAGUUUUGGUAUCAUCUUAUUUGGUGUUAACAGAUGGCUUAAAGUGAAUUAUGUUUUACUUUUAUAGAACCAAGUACAACAGCACCACUGAAGAAGCAUACGAAGAAGUAUGAAGAAGCAAGGCUGAUUUCUUUCUAGCUCAGCCUGUAGAUUCACACAGUCUAUCAUAGACAGUCGUGUCUGUUGAUUACACAGAGCAAACUGCCCACUAGGUUUCCUGUGCCUUGGGGGUAAUUUAUUUAAUCCGGCUUUGCUGAUACAUCCAUAACACGUCAUCAGAAGUGACUGAGAAGGCGCACGUGAAAUGAAAUAGUGGGUGUAGUAAACAUGAAUGAAGUGGAUUAUUUUCUGACUUAUUGACAGAAGUAAAUAGACUAAGCACACAUUUACCAAACAAAGUACAAAUUACACGAAGGGACGAAUGGCCGUUUUGUACAGUUUGAACAAAAGAGCCAACUAACAGCAAGCACAGCUUUUCUGUUAAUCGUGCUUGCUGUUUGGAAGAGACACGACAUGAUGACGUACUUGAAACACUUGACUAACAAAAACAGCAACGAGAUGUGCUGCCUCUGUCUGUCUUUCAGAGUGUUUAACAGAAUAACUGAUUUUAGUAUAAUUUAGUAGAUACUACAUUAGUAGAUAGUAGAUUUUUUCCCCUAUGUUUUGUAAAAGCAAAUUUUUGUUUGCAAUGCUAGAGAAAAACAUUAAUCCAAUAAAUGUGAUUAGUGUGUAUAGUAGCAUAGUUUUAUAUACGGUUUCCUUCUAAUUCUUUUGUAUGCAGCCAAUUUUCUCCUACUGUAUCUGCAGUCCGCUUAUUGAAUUAUUUCAUAUUCAUUUUGCUGUGGCUGAAGGCUCUAUAGCAUGUCUCUAUUGUUGCACUUGCGUGUCUGUUAUAUUUAAAUAAUAUUAUUAAAACCUCGGGGUCACUGAUGUGCAGUCUGUGGAGGGCAAAACCAGAAUUGGAUUCAGCUGCUCCACAAAUGAAAUUAGAUUUCAUUUAAUAAUUUAUUCAUGUCUGCUAUGUAGGAGAGCAACCUUCAGGGAGCCCAGGUGAUGAUUACCAACGCGCCACUCUCAUUAGCAUUCAGAAAUAUGCAUAAUCCCUCUAAAAGAAAAUGAUGCACAAACAGCAGCAGGGAUCUGCGGGAAGUAAUGACGAGAGAGAGUGGAGCAGAACGAAUUAUCACAGGCCACUGUGUUAGCCUUGGGAGGAUGAAGUGUGGAGGCUACAUGGUAAACUCGUGUUGUUUUACGAAGAAGGGACAUGUGUCCAGAUGGAGGGGUGUCAUAUAGCACCCUUUCAUGUGAAGGUUUUUUUUUUCCCCCUGUUAAUGUUUCUCAAGUGUGUAAGCACGCUUCCUCAUCUCCACCUGAAUAGGAAUAGAUAUGAAUCUUGGCUAGGUCUUGGAGAAAUCUUCUGUUUUUCUUUAAGCAUCUUUAAAUAACACAAAUAUGGCUUUAAACAUGUCUCACCUGUUACUAUUAUGCAGUAUACUAACAGCAUUUUAUUUUUCAAGGGACCAGCCACUAAACAACGACUCAAAGAGUAACCAAAUAAUUAUUAUUCCUACAAAUGGAGACAAGGCUCUGUAGCGUCAUAAUACCAUUAUGCACCAGUAGGAUACUGUUAUUGACACUGGGUUGUGCCUUUCAGUUGUCAGGAGCCUUAAGGCCUUUUGUUGUGUGGAAGAGAAUAUUAUUCCAAACACUUGCAUACAAAUAUUAUUGUCAGUCUUUGAUGUUUCUUUGCCUAGCACACAUAGCGGCUUAGUGACAAACAGCCCAGAGAUGAGGGAAGGCCUGCAAUAUAAGCGGCUUAUUCUGCAUCAUUCCUCCCAAGAUAAAGUGCAUUUGCUCCCACAAAAUGGCUGGAAUAUAUCAAUGUUUUUUUU